GUUCCCUCUUAUAAAGGAAAAACCGAAUCCUUUGGUCGCUGCUUCACACACUUACAUUAAUCCUCCCCCGUUUCAAUGGCGAAAUCACAGAUCUCGUCGUCGUCUUCCACGCCCUCGCGCUCGUCUUCCGUCGGGUUGCACCGGAUGGACGAGCUCGAAAAGGUCUUCGCCCGCUUCGAUGCCGACGGCGAUGGCAGAAUCUCCGCCUCCGAGCUCGCCGCCGUCCUCCGAGCCCUCGGAUCCGACCCCUCUCCUGAUGAGAUCCGCGACAUGAUCGCCGAGAUGGACGCCGACCGCGAUGGCUUCGUUGAUCUCCAGGAGUUCGCCGCCUUCCACCGCUGCGGCGUUGGCCGCGGUGGCGCGGAGGCGGAGCUUAAGGACGCGUUCCGGAUGUAUGAUCUCGACAGCGACGGGCUGAUCUCGGUGGACGAGCUCCUCCGGGUCAUGAGGAGCCUGGGGGAGAAGUGCACCCUGGAGGACUGUGCGCGGAUGAUCAGGUCGGUCGACUCGGACGGCGACGGCAGCGUCAGCUUCGAGGAGUUCAAAACUAUGAUGACCGGCGGUUGUGGUGGUCUCGGUAGCAGCGGGAGGAAGCCGGCCGCAGCAUAAGAACGUGUCGUUGAGAUUAAAUUGGUAAAAGUGUGCUGAUAAUAUGUCAACAAAGUUUUCCAAAAAGGUAUUAGGAUUUUGUCUUCUCAAAGCUUAUUAUCAGUCAAAAUUGACUAAUCGCUAAAAUCAAAAGGGAAUGCUUUUUAUUUUCACGAAGAAAGAAAGUUUGAUAGAUGAUCUGUUUUUGUUAAUGUGCACUUCAAGUGUUUGAUAAAUUGAAGUUUCUUUAAUC